CCGACCUCAAAUCAAUUUGCAAUUUCAGUCGAUCUCCGCGUUGCAGCGUUGCAUAGUCGCGUGCGAAACCGAAACCGAAAGUUUACAAACAAAAAACAAAACAUUCAAACAUUUUCUCAAAAGAUCUUUAAAAGUUUAUAGCAUAUAUGCAAAAUAAAUAGUAAAGCAACAAGUUUUUUUGUGAAUGCCUUACGGAAAUAGUUGGGAAACGGGCGACAACAUCAUCAGCAAUCAGCAAACAGCAACCAGCAACCUGAACUGACGAAACGCAUUCGAAAUUGUUAAUUGAACUUUUUACAUAUAUUUAUAAAAUCGGUGUCAAGCGCGGCCUAGAAAAAUACCUAAAAUAAAAUAAACUCAAAACCGAAGAAAUUCCAAGCACGUUGCAGACAAAAAUUACGCAAACUAUCAAAAAAACUACGGCAGUUUGAACAGCUGACGUUCAAUGAACGUUUCAAGUUACACAAAUGCAGGCAAAGCUCUUGGCUAAUUCGAACUCGAAGUAAGAAAAGAGUCAACUGCAGCUCGGCCACGUUAAGCCAAGCUUUUACCAACUGAACUUGAAAGUGAAAGUGACAGAGAAAGAGAAAAAGAGAGAGAGCGGGAGCGGGACCGGAGAAAGACCAGGUUUUUAUGCUUUUGCUGGAGUGCCUCGAACUACUCAGAGCAUCAGCCAAGGUCACAACUGGAAGAGUUAAUCAGUAACCCUCAGAAAUCAUAAAAAGUAGUAUGGAUACCCCCAAGGAUCAGACCGAACAGGUGCGCGAGGUGAAGGCCCCGCACGCCGGAGACGAGGGACACACCUUUCUGGUGACCCCCGUAGCUCCCAUCCUUACCGCCGUGCCAGUGAUGAAGCCGCGUGAGUCUCCACCACCAGUGUUCCCCCCAAAGGAUUCGGAUGACGAGCAGCCUUGCUGCAGCUCCCAGGCCGUGGUGCCCAUAUCCUCGUCACUGCCCUGCAAACUCCUCCGCCUGCAGGCCAAGCGAUCCGCCCAGGCCCUGCUCCAGCAGAUGGAGUCCCUGGACUCGCAGCUGGGCAGCAGCAAUGGCAGCUCCUCGGAGGACACUUCUCCCAGUGCCCCGCCCAUGUCACCCACGGACCAGCAGCUGGUGGAUGUGGGCAUGGGCUCUUCUAUUGGUGACUCUGAGGAGUCGUCCGAGGAAGGUGACGAGCUGAAGCCCCUGGCCGUGGACAAUCACAUCAUGCACGACGUGGAUCUCUCCGAGCGUCAGAGCUCUCCUCCGGCUGUGCUGAGCGAGGCGAACCUAGAGAAGUUCCGCAAGCACCACAUGGAUAACAUCUAUCUGCAUCCUAACUUCACCCUGGAUGCCUCACCUCCCCCAGCCGUGGCUCCGGCCAACUCUCCAGUACUGGAGGCAAAGCGCACCCAUCGCUCCUUCCUGGCCAUCAAGAAGGAAAAGGAGGAGGCGCAGGAACAGCAGGAGCUUCAGAAGGAGGAGCACCUCGACUCUGAGCCAACCACUCCCCAAGGACCCAACGAGAUAGACACUUUAGAUCCCUCUCUGAUCCCCAGUGAAGACCUGGCUGCCGAGAUCACAGAGGCCGUGGAGUUCUACUUCUCCAACGAGAGCAUCCUGAAGGACGCCUUCCUCCUGAAGCACGUCCGGCGCAACAAGGAGGGCUUCGUCAGUCUGAAACUGGUGUCCAGCUUCAAGAAGGUGCGCCAGCUGACUCGCGAGUGGAAGGUCGUGGGGGAUGCAGUGCGUCGCAAGUCGAGAAAGAUCGAACUCAACGACUUGGGCACCAAAGUACGCAGGAUCGAUCCUCUGCCAACGUUCGACGAGACCAUGCCGUCUCGUACCAUCGUGGCCUGUGACCUGCCCAUGGAUAAGCUGACCAUCGAGAAGGUGUCCGAUCUGUUCUCGCGCUGCGGGGAGAUCGCCCUGAUCCGUAUCCUGAAGCCCGGAAUGGCCAUACCCGUAGAUGUCCGGCAGUUCAUGAACAAGUAUCCGGAGUUGCAGCAGAAGGAGUGCGCUCUGGUGGAGUACCUGGAGUCCUCGUCGGCCAGGGAUGCGCGCCACCUGAGCGGUCCCUUCCAGGUGUACGAGAUGGUGGCCCCCAAGAAGAAGACUGGCAAGAAGGCGGCCGUCAUCCAGAUUGCCGCCCCUGUGGCUCGCAUGGUGGAGAACUAUCGCUACUACAACGACGCCAGCUACGAGAGGAGUCGCGGCGGCAGCUUCUCCGGCCACGAAGCUGUACCAGAUUUGCGCUACAAGCUGAAGCGCAACAACUCCGACUUCCAGCCUACUUACUACCAACAGCAGCAGCAGCAAAUGGCCCCCAGCUACCAUGUUCCGUAUCAGCACUAUCAACCGAGGGGCAGCAUUGGAAACCAGAGCGGUCAGGAGAUGGGUUUUUUCGGCUAUGGACCCAGGCGCUACAGCAACACCUCGACGAUCUCCGCCAGCACUGCGGCUGCCUUGGGCGAUGCCUCGCCCCCAUCCUCUGCUGCCAAUUCUGGCGGUAAUCCUGCUGGGUCCUCUGUGGGCAUCAGCAACCUUCAACGACGCCUGUCCAACUGCUCGGAGCAGAACUUUGUGCCGGAGGGCAAUGUCUCCAUGUCGCGCCGGGCCAGUAACUGCUCGGAGACCGGAGUGGGAGCUCCCCAACGUCGUGAUUCAAACUGCUCGGAGAGCUGCCCCUGUUCGAGGAGGGUCUCCGACUUUGGCCAAACUGCUGAGACGGCCUACCGCAAGAGCUCCGUGUGCUCCAAUGGUAGCUGUCCGGGUAACCAGAACCAGGAGCGUCGCUUCUCCAAUGGAUCCAUGCAGUUCGAGAGGACCUUCUCGAAUGCCAGCGAGACCAGCGGCUUCUACCGUCGUCCAUCGAAUGAUUUCAAUGUGGAGAGGGAGCCAAUCCAGACCGAUCAGAUGGUUGGCGGUGGAGGUGGUGGCUACCAGGUGUGGCCCCGUCGCUACUCCAACAACUUCCAGCAGCUGAGCAGCAAGCUGGCGGCCUACGACAAUGCCCAGUAUAUUGGCGGCAGGAGGAUCUCGACGGACUCUGGCUACGAUCGCCGCUACUCCUUCGGCUCUGAGGGCUUCGACGGCUCGCCGCGGUCCCGGACGGGAAGCUUCCUGAACAGCUACAAGCACGGCGGAGGCGAUGGCUUCGAUGGACAGCCGCGGUCGAGGACCGGAAGUUUCCUGGAUGGAUCGCCACGCUCACGGUCAGGAUCCUUUGCCCAGCGGGCGGCCGAGAGCCUGGUUCGCACCCCGAUGGGACCGGACGGGAGCAAGGGCUUUGGCCAGAGGGCCAGGAAAUUCGGACAGGCCAUAUCCCCCGUUAACUAGGACGUCCAAGGACUUUUGUUGAUUAUUUUUUAGAGGAAGGAGAAUGAGGAACACGUUUUUUGUAGUACGGGUACUCGUAUGUGAAAUUAAUGGCUGUACACUGUGAUGCUGUCCAACUUGUUACACUUUCCCGAACACAUACACCCCCCGAACCCUAAGCCCGACCUAGGUUAUGAACAGGAACCUGUAUAGUUAACGAAUUGUAGAAUUUUUGAAAGCUGACAGGGGUGAAUUUGGAAUCCGACUUGCUCUGGAACGUUUUUGUUUUCAAACACUGCCAAUAGAUUAAGGAAAUUCAGUUUCAAACUAAACUUGAUUGGUUUUUAGUCUCGUAAGAAUAAACUUAACCCAUUAUAGUAUUCAAUACAAUGAUCAGUAACCAGUUAUUAUCACACCUAGAAGUAGAGUAUGGGCCCAACAGUUCUCACAAACUCUCACUUGACUUCUAUAGCCUAGGCGUUAGUAUCCUUAUGUUCUGUUUUAAUAUUGUUUUUUAUUGAAUAUAAAACCUAAUUUACAUGUAAGAUAGUCAAAAACCCAUUAAUCGAACGGCUGCCAUAAAAAUCAGUUAUAGGAACGUGGCCAUAGUUAACCCGAUGCGAGUAAUACGGAUGUAAUUGGAGGAAGGUGCGCCAGAUUAUCUUAAUAAAAAUUAGUUUAGAGUCUCAGGUUUUUAGGAUUAAUAGUCCCAGAGCAAGCCCCCAUCAUAUUCCACAUUUUCCCCUGACCACCAAACUCUUCCUUUUAUUUGUUUUUUAUUUACAAUCCUUUAUUUUCAAUUAUUACUAUAGUUAGUUUAAUAUAUUAUACUUAGAUUGGUUGUCCUCUCGUGUGGAAUUGAAGCGGAGGAAACAGCAAAACGGAUUAUUACAGGAGAGAAUAAAAAUAUUUUUCAUUUUUAGCUUUUAAUUUCGAUUUCUUGUACGGGCAUUAGUCUUCGGGCAUUAAUGUCUUUGCGAUUGUAAUAAAUUAUAUUAUUAUGCGUGUUAACCGUAAAUAAACUUAUUAAAAAACCA